CUUCACUUAUAGGAGGGACGUCUGAUUUCAGGGUCGUUUGGUUGGAUUGCUGUAAUCAGACCUUACACAGACUUUUUUCUUGUUGACACUUUUUACGAUUUUUUCUGGCUUGAUGGGAUCCUGAGUGUAAAGUCCUUCCACUCAUCAGUAAUUUAAUAAAUCAAUAUUUUUAUUUGCACUAAUAAUCUCCGAGGUCAUAGGAAGAAGGUUCAUAAACUACGAUCUAAUAAACUUAAAGUGGGGUCCCGUUUUUCUCAUCGAGUAGUCAAUCAUUGGAACACCUUACCCGAACAAGUAGUAUCAGCCCCAUCAGUGAAUACUUUCAAGGAGAAGCUGGACCUUCACUGGAAAGCAAUGUGUCAGGAUUAACACAGAUAAUGCCUGGUUACAAACAAGAAAUGCCUCCUCCCGGAGGUUUCGUUCCAAUUGAUGUCUCAAGAAAAAUGCCAAAAGGCUAUGUACACGGUCUUAUAACACUUGGCGCAUUGUAUACUUCAACAUAUGUGGGCUUUAAAGUUCUCAAACAUAUGAAAGGAAAACAAGCUAAAAUUAAUAGAGAAGACGAAGAAUGUCGAAUCGCCCUUGCUCCUUUCAUUAUAGCUGAACAAGAACGAUUAUACUUGAAGCAAUUACGAAAAAAUCGCGAAUACGAACAGAAUUUAAUGGGUGAUGUUGCAGGCUGGAAAAUUGGUCAUUGGUUUGACUACCCAGUUUAUCAUAAUCCUCGAGGUUUAUGGUGUGAUCCGGAUGUGAAUGAGUUUUAUGCUCAUGUUGCUGAUUGCGAUAAAGAUUUGAGGCGUAAAGUGCGAAAUCGUUACUCUUAAGUUGUGCUGGCGGUGGGAGCUUGGAAGCACUUUUUAUUUUUGAAGGACUGAUAAUUUGAAUUGUAGUUAAAUAUGUACUAGAUCAAAUACAAAUUUACUGUUGA